UGGGGGGACAGGUCUUUUCCUUGCAACACAUUGGGAAUCGUUUGCAGCACUGAGCUGAACCGAAGUGACAAGUUUACCACGGAUGGAGGCAACGGUCCAUCCCACGUGCUCAAGUUGGAGAAGAGAAUAGCUACCUUGCCCAAGUUUGAAAAAGGUGCCAAUGUAGAUGGUGGCAGCCCAUUCGGGACGGCACACCGACUGAUUUGCAGGUAAAACAAACUCGCGCCCAGGAGUUGGGGGGAGAGCAGGGGGAGGGGGUCGUCAAUGCCGAGCUUGACGCAGUUGACAUUGGCGUACGCACAUUGGCAGGUGAGGUCCCACAGCGGACUGGACUCGGCGAGGCAGUACACGGGACAAGGCGUACGAAGCCCCGACAAGGCAACGCUCAUGGACACGACCAACACCACCGCCCACCCGCUGUUGAUCCCCAAAUUGAGUCGGAGGAGCCACCGGUUGUGACUCUCCGCCGGAUUGUGUAGGAACGGAGUCGUCGACAGUUUUCUCGAUUUCAGCAAUUGGGUGGCAGCGUGAGCUUGUCCAAGUGCAAUGUACGUGCCGAGGUGCAUGCCGAGUUUGCACAUGGUGUCAAAGGCCGAGGACGGAACCAGGCGUCUUGUAAGCAGCAUUGACCGAGUGGCCGAGAGGUUGUCUUGGGACAACGAGGGCUCCACCACCACGUAGUGGAACACGGUGAUGACCAGCGAAAAGAGGGGGUGGCCUGUGGACAAGGUGAAGCUCACGAAGGCGUCGGCAAAGUUCAAUAGGGUAGUUUUGGCACGCACACUUCGCACAAAUAAGAACAGGGGCGACGCGAAGCUGUACAAGGCCACCGCGAGGCCAUACGACAUCACCUUGGCUGGCUCCACGCACGUUUUGAACAUGGCAUGGGCUUGGUGGCUCUGGAAGCCAACCUCGAACAGGUUGAACACAAUCACGAGCAUAUCCCGGCGGCGGCGAUCUGCUGAAACGGCUACGGCCAUGGCACAGUCUGUCGUGGGGCUGAGAUGUACUGACAACUGUGCAGUCGUCGAGAUAGAUGCGGAGAAGAGCAUCGAAACAACUGCUUUCAAAUGCAAGCAAAUGAGCACGGCAUAACUUACGAUGGCGAUGAGGGGCGAGUACACUUUGGCCAUGGACAGGUCUGCUCUGGGAGCGAACAAGAACACUGCGAUCCACAGGCCUAAAUACGUACAAACCGCGACAUGCAUGGCCAGCACUAGAACGAAUAAGACUCGUCGGCUGCGUGAUUGAAGAUGCGAGUUUGGCGGCCCCGCAUGUGGCGCUGGGUGUACUGCAGGCAUUGAACAAUAGGGAGUUUUGGCUUUUU